AUGGGAGGUGCAACAAAGGAUGUAUUGAUAGUGCCAUUUUUUGGUCAAGGCCAUCUUUUUCCAUGUGCUGAGCUCUGCAAACAUUUGUCCUCUUACAACUGCAACUCAUUCUUCAUCAUCCCUUCUCACCUCUCCUCCUACAUUCCUUCCGAUCUCCACCACCACCCUUCCAUCGAACUCGUCCGAAUCGAAUACUCAGAGGCUACACCGCCGCCAGAUGCUUCUAAUGGAGAUUGGUCCGCGGCACGCUCCCACCAUCACCACCAGCUGGGGCAGGGCAUCCAGUCGUUCCUCUCUCGAAGGUUCGAGAAUGCCCCGCCUGCGUUUGUGGUGAUGGAUGUAAUGAUGAACUGGAGCAAAUACAUUUUCAAGAAAGCCAACAUACCUAUUGUGUCCUUCUUCACCUCUGGCGCCUGUGGAGCUGCAAUGGAGUAUGCUGCGUGGAAUGCUCGUGUGAAUAACAUCGGGCCUGACCCGGAAAGAAAAAUUCCCGGGCUGCCCGAGAGCAUGGCCCUGAGCUAUUCGGAUACUAGGAGACGGGACCGUCGAGAGCAUGAGCAUGGUGGGAGGGGCGAUGGGGCAAACUUCGCUCCCCCGAGAAUAGUGCAUCAGCCAAGUUGGACGGAUGAGACGGACGGCUCUGCUGCUCUGUUGAUCAACACUUGUGAAGGUCUUGAAUCUCCUUUUCUCAAGUACCUUACGGGACAAGUCGAGAAGCCUGUUUUCGGUGUGGGGCCGUUGCUGCCGGGGAAGUUCUGGAAAUCGAUUGGCUCAGUUGUGCAUGACCGAGAUAGCAGGCCGAGGCAUGAGACUAACUACACGGAAGAUGAGGUGAUCCAAUGGCUGGACUCGAAGCCAGGUGGCUCUGUCAUCUACGUGUCGUUCGGUAGCGAGGUGGGCCCAUCCAUGGAGGAGUAUGAUGAGCUGGCGGAGGCAUUGGCGGAGACGGAGAAAUCAUUUAUAUGGGUCAUCCAGCCCGGAGCUGGACGUCCUAGCCCGCCUGCCAACUUUUUUGGCGGGAAAGCCACAUCAGAUUCUAAAGAAGGAGGGUACGAGCCGCGUGGCUUGGAAGAAAGGGUUGGGAGCAGAGGCCUUAUCAUAAAGGGAUGGGCGCCACAGUUGUCGAUACUCAGCCAUCCCUCGACGGGAGGAUUCUUGUCGCACUGUGGGUGGAAUUCGACAGUGGAGGCAAUCGCUUGCGGCACCCCAAUCUUGGCCUGGCCGAUCAGGGGAGACCAGUUUUACAAUGCCAAGUUGAUAGCCAAGUAUCAUCGUGUUGGCCACGUGGUUCCUGGUAUAGAUGAUCUAUCGGAAAUGGUGAAGAAGAUCAAUAUAAUUCAAGGGAUUGACAUGCUGAUGGAUGAUGGAGAAGUUCACAAUCAAGCAACUGCCUUGAAAGGUAUCUUUGAGGGUGGUUAUCCCUCAAGUUCUGCUGCAUCGGUCAAGGCAUUGGUUGAGCUUAUAAGCAAAUAGCC